GCGGGCGUUCGCGGGGAAAAGCAUGGCCACGCUGCGCAGGCUGCGAGAGGUGCCACGGCACCUGCUGGUCUGCGAGAAAUCCAACUUCGGCCACGAUAAGUCGCGCCAUCGGCACGUUGUGGAGACACACUAUCACAAUUACAGGGUUUCGUUUCUGAUUCCUGAAUGUGGGAUGCUAGCAAAAGAGCUGAAAAACCUUGUCAUGGAAACGGGACCCUAUUACUUUGUGAAGAAUUUACCUCUUCAUGAGUUCAUUACUCACGGAUUCAUCAAUACUUUUGUAAAGAAAGGUUCGUGCUAUGCACUAACAUACAAUACAAAUAUUGAUGAAGAUAAUACUGUUGCCCUCCUGCCAAAUGGGAAAUUAAUUUUAUCACUGGAUAAAGACACUUACGAAGAAACUGGACUUCAGGGUCGUCCAUCUCAGUAUUCUGGCAGAAAAAUCAUGAAAUUUAUUGUUUCCAUUGAUUUGAUGGACUUAUCCUCUAACCUGGGUUCUAAGAAGUAUGAGAGAGUAUCUUGGUCCUUCAAAGAAAAGAAGCCACUGAAAUUUGAUUUCCUUUUGGCUUGGCAUCAUACAGGUGCAGAAGAAUCAACCAUGAUGUCAUACUUUUCCAAUUACCGGAUUCAGGAGCAUCAGCCAAAAAUAGCGCUGAGCACAGUGACAGAUCUGCAGUGCCCAGUGCUGCAGAGUGGUGAGCUCCGGGGAGCGCCGGGGGCAGCCUGCAGUGCCGGGGAGCUGCUCGACUGGCUGGGCGCCGUCUUCAGCAAUGCCGAACUAAAUAACGAGCCUAAUAAUUUCAUAUCAACCUAUUGCUGUCCUCAGCCAAGCAGCGUGGUGGCCAAAGCUUAUUUGUGUACAGUCACUGGUUUCAUCCUUCCGGAGAAGAUAUGCCUCCUGUUGGAGCACCUGUGUCACUACUUUGAUGAACCAAAGUUAGCGCCUUGGGUUACGUUGUCGGUUCAAGGCUUUGCAGACAGCCCUGUUUCAUGGAGAGAAAAUGAACAUGGUUUUCGAAAAGGAGGAGAACAUUUAUACAACUUUGUGAUUUUUAAUAAUCAGGACUAUUGGCUUCAGAUGGCUGUUGGGGCACAUGAUGACUGUCCACCAUAAAAAAUACAAAUUUUAAAAUCUUGUUUAUUUA